ACCGCUGCGAGCUGAAGGUGAAUGUCAUUAACAGUGCACUUUUGCUCGUCUCGUAUUGCGCGCCUCUCAGUGACGCCGGAAGAAAACAGACGCAGCUGAAAAGCAUCAAACUCGACCGCCUUCCUCCUGAAGGGACUCAAGGACCAAAAAUGUAUCAAGUACCAGUGAAAGAUGUAGGAAAAAUCAGAAGAUCACGGAAGAAAGUAAAGAACAUUCUACGUGACAUUGCAUUGCUGGAUUGUCAGGAACUGAUAAAGGAUUACAAACCUUUUGAUGCUGGUGAGGGAAGUUUUAACAAUACAGAAUGGUCAGACUUCACAGAUGGUCACCUUGGCAAACAAAGAAAAAAGUGGAAAUACCGGACCGAGGCACUGUGCUGCAGCCUGUGCAAAUUUUCCACACGGUCGUUUUAUGCCUUCAGAAAUCACGUGCAGCGGUGCCACGAGGAGGAGAGAGACAUUGCAUCACUUUCCAAUUGCCCCAAAUGCACUUUUAUAGGGCACCCAAAAAUCACAGGGCUCCAUAUCAAGUAUUUUCACACCACGCCUGGAAGACCAGCACCCACAGUCACCCAGCCUGUGAUUGUACCUGCAAAGACCCUUCCAGCCACAGCUUCUGUUGUCUCUGCUGAUGAUAGGUAUUCAUGUGUGAACUGUGGUUACAGUGACUCUCUAAUGUACGUGAUGAAGAAACAUGUUUUGGUAAACCAUCACGCUACGAUGUUGAACCGGUACUUUGGACUGGGUUUGGAAAAGGCAGAUGGUGUGCCGAAGUCCAAGUAUUACUGCAAAGAGUGUAAAUUGCCUGCUGAGACCAUAGAACAUCUACUAUAUCACAUAUUGAGUUCAGACAAGCAUAAGGAGCUGCAUUGGCAAGUUAUGCCAUUUAUUAGAGAAAGACAUGUCUCCGGUCAAAAUCAGGGUGGUAAAAACGUGAGCGUGGUUGGACGGCCCAACGUGAUUCAACAGACUAAACAAGCGAGAGGAAGUGCAGUGCCUAAUUCGAAUGGUAAUAUGUUUCUACCGGGGGCGAACAACGCAGCAGCUCUUCUGUGCUCUGCUGAAAGCAGGCAGAUCUUCCUCUCCUCUCAGACUCCAGCUUUACUUUCUGCCCAGCAGCAAAAUUUGGCUACUUUGCCAACCUCCCAGGUUGUAAAGUCAUUAAAUAUGGUGGUUCCUGGUAUCUCGCAGAACGUUGGAAAACGGGUUCCCAUGGCCAUGACAGUGCCCAGACUUUCCCAAGCUCAAUCGCAUCAGCAGGUGCUCUUUCAACCGGGACUUCAGGUCACUGUCCCUGGUAAAGCUGCCAUUCGUCCAUCCAUACUUAUGACGCACAGAUUACAGGUAAACCAGCCUGUUCCACGACCGCCAAUCGUGGCCUCUCCCUCUGUUCGUCUCGUUCCUACAGGCAACAAAGUCAACGGUGUUCCAACAUACACUCUGGCUCCUGUUCAAAUGACCACCGUACCUGUCCAGUCCAAGACUGGUCAAGUAGUCAAUAGUACACCACAGAAUGAAGCUCAAGUUGGCAGGUCUUCAGUACCCACUUUAUUAGUACCUGCAAAGCCGGGACCUUCAUCAAGAAACCGGGUGUCGAUAAAAAGUAAUCGACCAAACAAAUUGGCUGUCUUUGCUCCAUUUCUGAAAAGGCAGAAUGAUGAUACUGUUAAAUGCCUGAGGUGCAAGGUUGUGUUAACUGAACAGUGGAUCUUUCAGCAUUUACUGCAUGGCUUGAGGUGUCUGUUCUGUCCCUUGAUGUUUUACUCCUUUAAGCAGAUCAUGGAGCACUCAAACAAAGAACACAGCUUAAAAGUCAAGGAAAACCAAAGCUUCAUCAAAAAAGAGUUUGAUCUCAACUGCGACAGUGAGGGCAGUCUGGAUUUUUCCACUUUUAGUUUAAACACAAAUGUGCCAAAAGACUUACUAGAUAACCAAGAACUUAACCUCGUGCUGGUGACCAGUGCUCAAGAAAAGAUAUACAUUAAGAUGUAUCCAGACUCUGCAAAAGCAGUAUACCCACCUUCACAAAAAUCCAUACCUACCGACUGUCCAGUUUGCCACCUGAAGCUGAAAAGUUCUCAGGGCUAUGAGCACCAUUUGAAAACAGUCCAUCAUAUUGUGCCCACAGUCCAUGCUAUACUGAAAUCUCCUGCCUUCAAGUGCAUAUACUGCUUUGGUGUUUAUUCUGAAAAGUCUACCCCAAAAACCAUUUCCAUUCAUGUCCAGAGAUGCCGCUGUGCCCCCAAGAGCAUCAAGGAUGCUGAGAAGUUCAGUCCAGGCUCAACUGGGCAUAUGAAUGGUGAUUUAAAAAACCCCAUCCAACAGACGGGGGGCUUACAGCAGCAGAGCGGAAAGAGAGAAGCAGCUGCAGAAAAGAAUCUCAUCAAGAGCAUCAGGGCAGGCAAGCCGAACUGGUCCGGUCCUUCAGUUAAACUGGUCCUGGACCCAGCAGGAAUGGAGAUGCGAUCCUAUGAAGAUAGGAAAGAGUUCCUCACCAAGUACUUUCACAGUAAGCCCUACCUGUCAAAAAUGGAGAUGCUCACACUUGCAGCCCAUCUGUGGUUGAACAAGUCUGAUGUACUUUCGCACUUCGGUACUAAGCGAAGCAGGUGCAUGAAAGCAAUCCAAAAGAGGAGGACCGUUGUACUGCUAGGCUUCAACAUGACUGAGGUGAAUAAAUUAAAACAUGAUUUGUAUAUUCCAGAGGUAGCAUCUGCUGUCUGAAGAAGCCAAUGAGAUACUGUAUUUAUAUUAGCAUGCUUAAGCUAGAAAUUUAGGUUCAUUUCAAAAUGGUUUGCGUUAGGGUUGUUAAACUCUAGUUCUGGAGGGCCACUUGAUGUUUUUUUUUCCAUGCUCUAGCACAUCUAAUUUAGGUCACAAAGAGCUUGAUGCCUAGAAUUGUACAUAGAAAGGAAAGUGCAGUGCUGUGGCCCUUUAGAGCUGGAAUUUCAUCUUUAACAUGUUCACAAUGUAAUUCUUUGUGUUUUGUCUUUAAAAUAAAAUGAGUGUGAUGGUGCAAUGUAUGAUAUCUUAACCAAGUUCAGAAGUUUGCGGCUCAAAAACAGUACAAUUAUUUUUUAUAGCUUUUCUGUAAAAACCACUGUAUAAAUUGAUGUACAUUUUUUAUUUCAAAGUAAUUUUUUGACGCAUAAUAUGCAUUUUGGCCAGUCUGCAAUGCAUUACGUUAUAUAAAAUAAUAUAGGUCUGCCACCAAGGACAAGUUAAAUGUACUACACUGUGUACUAAUUGAGAAUUGUUUUGCUUUUUAAUACCUGGUAAUGUUUUAUUAAAGCCUCUUUGGGAUAGGUUGUGUUCUAUUUUGAAGACAUUGUGUACUUUCCCUCCCCCAAGAGUAUAUGAGAGAUAUAAACCAAUUUUGUCAGAAAUAAAGAGGAUGGGGUCUAAUGAAUAAUGCUGUUUGUUAAGAUUAUAUAUUCUGUGUUGCUUUGUUUGUGUAUUUAUUUGUUAAGCUUUAUAAAAUAAUAAACUCUUA